AUGCCACCUUCUUCACCCACCCCAUACCGUUACUCCACCUCCUUGAUACCCUCUUCACCACUCAGUUCCACCCCAAAUCCAUUCCGUAGACGACAGCGUCUUCGAUCAUCUUCCGGGGACACCAUCAUCAAGGGAUUAUCCAAUUGGAGAAGACAGGCCAAAUCAACUUCCCAAUCCACUUCUACAGCUGCGACUCGGAAUCAAACUCGAUUUACUCAUAACAACGAAAACGAUUAUGAACUGACAUCGUCUAAGAAACGGAAAUCUAAAGGAUCGGGAUUGGGUAUGGGGAUGAGAGGGACACCCGCAAAGAUUGUUAAGAGAAGUAGUAAAGCAAGUAUCGGACCCACUUCUACUCCUAUAGCAGAUACUAAGAAGCGAUGGGAAGGUGAAGAUGCGGCGUUGGACAUUUCUACUCGAUCAUCUACUACAUCUUCACAUCUCCUGACAGCGGAGGAAAUCACUUCUCCCAGUAUAUCUGCUUUCGGAACUUCACCUAUCCUCCCUUUAAUGCAGCGUAGGGGAAAUACCCCUUCGGCUCUCCCGGGUUAUACUCCUGUAGACGAUUCGUUAUUCUCACCAUACCAUCGAGUCAGGUCUAGACGUGACGAUACGUUGCUCCCUGCACAGGCAGACUUGGUGAUCCCUCUGAACGAUCUUACUUCUACUUCUUCUCGUUCAACCUCCAACGUCGAUGAAACUACUCCUAAGGCCGGCAGCCGAGCCUCCUUAUCAGCUGAAGUUACUCGUUCGACAACACAAGGUGACGAGCGGACUCUCGAGGAUGAUAACGACGAUGGACGAUGGGAGUUCACUAUCCCUCUCAAUGAUCUUUCCCAAUUCAAGAAGAGACGAUUACCUCGCUCAUCAAGUGGAUCAAGUAAGCUCAAAGAGAGAAGAUCAACACCCAGGAAGAUACCGGGGAUGGAUAAGACUCCUUCGAUCUCCGAUACGUCUCCUAGCAGUGAUAGCUUGGUACGAAGACGACAUGAAGCUACUGUGAACAUAGCUGAAGAGAGACAUUCGUUGGAUAUCUCGAUCGAAACUGUUCGAGGUUCCGAAUGGGACGUGGAGGCACCCAUGGUCGUUCCACAGAGUCAAUCCAACAACGACUGGGAUGUAGAGUACCCCUUGGGUGUUGAUGCUGAAGACCUUCCUCAAGAUCAGUCCCAUGCGAUCGAGAUGGCCGCCGCACCUCCGGCCUCGCCUCGACAGACCAGUCCCGCUCCGAGCUUCUCGGACGGUGAAGAUGACUUUGCUGAUACAGCUGCCGAAUUUCCUUUCACUCCUACCAAAGCAAAGGUCCAUGUAGACAAGUCGACAUCCACUGGAAGUACAUCGACUGGCUCGGAUUCAGAUAAUGAUUCGUACGGUUUCGAGUGGAUGGAAGACAUAGUUCGGGAAAAGAUACCCCAGCCUUAUGAUCUGUCCUCAGGUGCUAAUACUCCUGGUCCCGCCCCUUCGCCUUCUCCCAUCUCAUUCUCAACAAUCACUUUUACACCCCCGAUCAAUCGUACUCCCACUCCGGAAGUCGAAGAGAGACAAUCAGCUGGUACCCGUACUAUCAAGGGGAUUUGGAAAGGCGCGCAGGUCAUGCAACGUAUCGAGAAUGGAGAAAUACAACAAAUUGCCCAGGAAGACACUGGUGAGGAGACAGAUGAUGAGUGGAGUGAUGAGACUAGACCGAAACGAAGGAAGUCCAAGGCAAGAGAGAAGUCUGAUUUUCCGGACUCCACUGAUGAAGCUAUCCAAACUAGACAAGAUCGUAUCGCCCAUUACAUCGACCUAGCAGAGAAUUACGAACUUCAUGUGGAAUAUGUGCUUUGGUAG